AUGAUAACCAUUUUAGAAUAAAUUCAUUCAAGGUAUUGAAUUGGAUUUAAUUUUUAAUUUAGAAAUAUAAUACACAGAGAUUUAAAGCCAGAAAAUAUUCUUGGUGCAUCUCUUUCUGAUAAAAUUUAUUUAAUAGAUUUUGGUAUAGCAAAGAAUCUUUUAUAAAACAAAAAAAGCAAAGACAAAAUUUCUUUCAUAGGAACUACAAGAUACGCAAGUUUGGCAGCACAUCUAGGUAAAGAACAAAACAGAAAAGAUGAUCUUGAGUCUUUAGGUUAUAUACUUAUAUAUUUUCUAAAUAACAAAUUGCCAUGGAUGAAUAUAGAAAAGGGGGAUAAUGAAAGAAUUGAGAAAAUUGGAAUUUUAAAACAAGAAAUCUCUCCAGAAGAAUUAUGUGAAAACUUGCCUUCUCAAAUACUAAAGUAAUUUUAUUUAUAUAUUCUUAGUAUAGGUAUGUGAAAUAUGUUAAAGGACUAUCUGUUAGGGUUAAGCCUAAUUAUGUACAAUUAAAAGAUUUAUUUAAGAUUGAAAAUCUAAAUACUAAUAUGCCUUUUGAUUGGAAUAAAAGGGUAAGAGUAAACAAAAAAAUGAAUUCAAAUAAAUCCAUAAAAUCUUCUAAAUCUGCAAAAAUGUAUAAUAAAUCAAAAUCAUAAUUUCAUAAAACACAAAAUAAUAUUCCUUAAGAAUCAUCAUAGAAAUUAAUAAAUUAACCUUAAACACCUAUUUAAAAAUAACAUUAAACAUUGAUAUUUCAAGAUUAAAAUGAUAAAACAUUUUAUCAUUCAAGUGAUGAUAAUUAAUAAUAAAAUAGUUUAAGUGAUCAGAAUAAAGAUAAAGAAAGUGUAAAAGUAGGUUAUUCUAUUAGUUAUGAACCAUCUAAGUUUUCAAAAUAUUCUCUACAUAAUAAAAGUCCAAUACCUUAGUAAUAAAAAGAAAGAGCAAGAGUGUCAACUUUAGAUGCAAAUCCUUAAGAUUGUUUUAUAAUGGAUUUUAAAACAGAUUAACAGUUAUAAGAAUUUGAAAAUUAAGAUUUAGCAAUCAAGUAUGACAUGCUAUUUUAUUAAUCAAUUCUUUACAAUUAUAAAAACCCUAUCCUUGAAUUCAAAGCUAGUAAAUGCCAUAUUUUUGAUUGA